AUGGCGAAACCGACGGGAAUGCAUAACCUCGUUGUAUCACCACUGAGCAAAACCUCACUCUGGAUGAAGGCAUUCCAAGAGUUGUGUGAGGAUGAAAAAGCAGCGCUUCCUUCUGCUGGAAAUGAUAGUCCCGAAGCACUCCUGAAAGACAUAAAAAGCCAUGCGGCUGGUCUACGUGCGAAAGAUGGAUGGAAAGUCAAAUUUAAGGGGACUGAAAUAGUGGUUAGAGAUCUAGUAGAUAAGCUACUGACAUGGGUUGAUAAAUUCAAAACUAUUGGAGAUAUUGCGAUUCAGUAUGAUCCAGUCCAUGCUGCCCUACCAUGGGCUGGUAUACGGUUUUUGUUAAUGGUUUCUCUUAGCAACAUGGAAGCUAUGGGAGUGAUCAUGAUUGGCAUCGAAAGGGUAGCAAGAUUAGCGGUUCGAAGUGCUGUCUAUGAGGCGCUGUAUCUUGGUUCAGCAUCAACUGUUUCCACUCCCCUCCGUACGGCAUUGACGAGUGGUCUUCUGGAGCUCUACAUUGCUGUAUUGAAAUUUCUUUCUUGCGCAAAAACGUAUUGUGUUCAAUCCACUACUACUCGCGUUCUUCGUUUCGUUUUAGACUUGGGGGGGGUAAAAUCUUUCUUUGAGGCCAUCGGGGAGAAAGAGGUUCUUCUUGAAAUGGAAUUGAAAAUAGCAGAAAGAGAAAGUCAAAGUAACCACAGGGCUAUACUUAAAGAGAAGAGCGAGAAAGUAGAGGAAUUCCUAAGAGAAAUUGAUACAGCUGUUGUGUUGUUGUACGACGAAUUUCUGGCCUAUAUCCACGCUGAAAAACGACAUGACAUACUGAAGUGGCUUUCAAGUAUCGAGUUUAUAAAGCAUCACGAAACCGCGCGAGAAGACCUCCUGGAAAAUACGGGCCAUUGGCUGCUCAAGGAGGAGCAAUUUCGUGAAUGGCGAUCGUCCAGAACCUCUGAUAUCCUCUGGUUGCACGGAAUUCCUGGUGCGGGGAAAACAAAACUUACGUGUAUGGUGAUCGAAUUUUUAAAAUCUCUACCCCAGAGCGACGGACCUGUAGUAUAUUUUUACUGCAAGCGGGACGACCCCCAGCGCCGGAAUCCAGAGAUCAUUAUGCAGGCUAUCCUGAAACAACUUUCACUUGCAUUUCAAAGUAUACCAAAUCUGGCGAUACACGAAUAUGAUCAAAGAGAGAGAGAGGGGCAAGCAGCAGGGUCUUUGGCGUUCAAUGAAUGCAAAAGUUUGAUUGCUUCACUGCUUAACAUGUACUCACAUACGACAAUCGUAAUCGAUGCCCUAGAUGAGAGCGACCCGUAUGAGCGUUGGCGAUUACUCGGGUUGUUUGAGAACAUGAUCGAUUCCACAAAGAGCCCAAUCAAAAUAUUUGUGUCCAGUAGGGACGAUAUGGAUAUUAAGCUGAGACUGGAAAGCGUACCCAACCAUUACAUCGACGCAAAAGACAACACUGGAGACAUCAACCGUUUCGUCCUUCGAGAAGUCAAGAACGCUAUAAAUAAUAAACGAUUACUUUAUGGCAUGGUUCCGGACAAAUUGAGAGAGCAAAUUAUACAAGUCAUUUCAGAAAGAUCUAACGGGAUGUUUCUAUGGGCUGAUCUUCAGAUCAAGAAUCUUUACCGACUGAAGUCACCGGAGGAAAUAGAGGCGAAUUUGGGGAAAUUACCCAAGACCUUGGAAGUGACAUAUUCUCGAAUGUGGCAAGAUAUUCUUACCGAACUGGCAACGAACACUCAACGGGAAAUCACGGAGAAAGCAUUGAUGUGGCUCAUGUGCCCAUUGGAACCGCCCGAACCAAAACUCUGGGCCGAAUUCACUUACUGGCCUGCAGCGGUCCCCCAGAAAGGUGUUGAUGCCCUAUUUGACCUUUGCCGGAACCUUGUAAAACGGGAUAAACGGGUCGAUCGUGUAAUAUUCGCACAUUUAUCAGUCCAGGAAUACUUCGAAAGCUAUAUUACGACUGUGAAAGCGAAUUCUAUGGCUGCCAAGUGUUGUCUUUCACUGUUGACCCACCGCGACGGCUUACCACCCGCGGGGCAACCAUCGCUGUGCGUCCCAUAUUCGAUCAAUUACUGGGCACAGCAUGUCAAUCUUGCUUAUAAUGGUGAGCAUGAGAUGGCCAAUGACCUGCGAGAAUUGCUGUUGCGUUUCUUAGGGACACCAGCUGAACCAAGCCAAUCUUACUCAAAUUGGUUCACUGCUGCUUUCUCCCCAUAUAAGUACAAUGACACAGCCAUCGACCGCUUCAAAAUUGUAAACCACUUAAAGUCUGAACCGCUAAAUCCGUUUUUUGCAAUGUCAUAUUUUCGUUUUGGGGAAGCCCUUUUGCCUCAAUGGGAAUCUAGCAUACAUAGCGUUGAUAUCAAUAUCAGAAACGGUCAAGGGGAAACACUGUUAUUGGUUGCAGUCCGAUCAGGGAACGAACGAGUUAUGGACUUUUUAUUGGAGAAAGAGGCAGAUGUUAAUAUGGCAUCCGAUAUGGAUUACCCACUAAAAGUAGCGAUUGAGAACGGACAUAGCGGGGCAGCAAUCAAGCUACUUUCCAAGGGGGCCAUUGUUACUAGUAUGACCUACGACUACCGUCGUCCCCGGAAUGUGUUGGAGGAAGCAGCACAUCUAGGAUCCAGUGUUGUGAUAGAGGAAAUGAUGUCUAUAGACACUAGACUUGAGAUCACUGAAGGGGUUCUAGUAGAGGCCACGAAUAAUUCAAAGAGGGGGCGAGAGGUUAUAGGGCUUCUAUUAUCACGUAACCCCGAUAUUGUGAUCACCGAGGCGGUUUUGGUAGCGGCGGCGCAUCAUGAUUGCGGUGAUGGGGUUAUAGAGCUUCUAUUAUCACGUAACCCCGAUAUUGUGAUCACCGAGGCGGUUAUGGUAGCGGCGAUUAGUAAUGAAUUCCGGAGGACGAAAGUUAUAGAGCUUCUGUUGUCACGUAACCCCGAUAUCGUGAUCACCGAGGCGGUUAUGGUAGCGGCAACCCAUCAUAAGUGGGGCGAUCGCGAUGCAUAUGGGGUUACAAUUAUAAAGCUUCUAACAUCACAUAACCCCGAUAUCAUGAUCACCGAGGCGGCUAUAAUAGCGGCGAUGAGCAAUGAACACUGGGGGAAGGAACUUAUAGCUAUUAUUCUAUCACAUAACCCCGAUAUCGUGAUCACCGAGGCGGCUAUGGUAGCGGCGGCCCGUCAUAAGUGGGGCGGUGGGGUUAGAAUUUUCAAGUUUCUAACACCACAUAACCCCGAUAUCAUGAUCACCGAGGCGGUUAUAAUAGCGGCGAUGAGUAAUGAAUACUGGGGGAAGGAACUUAUAGAUAUUCUUCUAUCACAUAACCCCGAUAUCGUGAUCACCGAGGCGGCGAUAGCAGCGGCAGCGCAUCAUGAUUGUGGCGAUGGGGUUAUAGAGCUUCUAUUAUCACGUAACCCCGAUAUCGUGAUCACCGAGGCGGUUAUAAUAGCGGCGAUUAGUAACGACUACCGGGGGAAGGAAGUUAUAGUUAUUCUUCUAUCACAUAGCCACGAUAUUGUGAUCACCGAGGCGGCGAUGGUAGCGGCGGCGCGCAAUCCCUAUGGCAAUGAGGCUGUGGAAUUACUCCUACCAAGAUGUUCUGAGACCGCGAUCACCGACACAGUGAUCGUCGCGGCGGCGAGCAAUUCAUUGAAAGGAUUCGAGAUAAUCAGAUUGAUACUAAUGGCAAACCCCGAAGUUGAGAUCACCGAUGCCUUUCUCGUCGCGGCGGAGUAG